AUGGCCCGCAACCUCCGUCCCUUCCCCUUCCCCAUCAACAUCGGCACAGACAUAUGCCAAAUCUCACGCAUCUACACCAUCCUCAACAGUCCCCGACGCACACGCUUCGUCAACCGCAUCCUCGCGCCAGAAGAGGUAUCCCGCCACGAUGAACGACUAAAUCCAAAGGUCUUGACGGACGGAGACGUGAGGUGCUUAACGCACGGGGACGUGAAGGCUUCUCCGCUAUGGAAGACGGCUGCGUUUAUGGCCGGGUUUGCGGCGAAGGAGGCGGCUAUCAAGGCGCAUUCAAAUCGGAGGCUUACUUUUCAUGAUGUUAUUAUUGAGAGGAGGGGGGGGAGGCGGGAGACGCUGGGGAGUGGGCCGCCGGUUGCGAGGAUAAGGGGAGGGGAGGGGGGAGAUGUGAGUGCUUUGGUGUCGAUUAGCCAUGAUGGGGAUUAUGCGACUGCCGUUUGUGUUGCGCAUGAUGAGAGUGUGCAGUGUUGA